CUGGGCCCCGGAGUACGCUCAGUGUCCGCUCGGCCUCAGCACGCCCGAGUGGGAAGCCCGGGACGCCGAUUCUAGAAGCUUUUUGUCGCGCCCGUACCGGUCGUGGGACCCAUUCUUCUCCGGCGUCAAUUAACCGGUGUGGCCCGGUGUGUCCACCGCGCGGCCGUCGUUCGCGGGGCCCGCCGAAUUCCGAUCGUACCGAGUCCGCGCGAACCGAGAGACAGCUCGCUCGCGGAUCGCCGCCGAUCCACCUGGCGAAGGCGACGAGCGGCCGACGAGAGCUCUCGUUCGGUUCCGGUCCCGGCGAUCUUCGCGAUCACGAGCAGCCUCGAAGCGGUGUACCGGGCUGCUCGUCAACAUUGACAGCGGAGUGGACCAGUGCGAGACGAGGGCCCUCGAUCGCGGCCGGUCCGCCGCGCUUCCCGGAGCCGUGCGACGGAGCGGACGUCGCGUGUCAGCGGGCCGACGCGACGCGAAGCGGAUUCGCUCGGAGCGGACGCGCACACACGCUCCUCCGGAGAGGAGAGGCGUAUAUUCCGGUUCGGUGGCAUCGCGAUUCGCGUCGCAGGAUCUCUCCUGGAUAGACAGCCGGAGCCAGCACCGCCGGGGCUCGUCUCGUUCGGUGUUCUCGCGAGUGGGAGUAUCGAUCGGGAGUAACGAUCGCCGUGUCGGACGUUAUCGGCUUGGGUCCCCCUUUGUGCUCCGGCGAACGCGCCGCGUAUUAAAACGUUAAUCUCCGACUGUACUACCGGUUAUACGUACAGAUUGGCCUCUCCUUUUCUUGGUCCCUCGCCGGGCUUUCUCUCUCCCGGGUCCCUGUUGUGUCUCCGUUCCCCCAUCGGCUACCCCCUCGAUCCUCUUUCUCCUCUGGUUCUCGCCUGUUCCACCGCCGCCGCCGUCUCUCUCUCUCCCUCUCUCUCUAUUUCUCUUUCUCCCUCGAACUCGCCCCCUCUCCCCCGCCGACCACCUCUCCUCCACACCCCUUGUUCUCGUCCUCGGCGCUCGGCCCUGUCCUCUCGAGAGCGUGUGUUUCGCGAGCGCGUGCCGAUCGGCGGCGAUGCGGCGCGCGAUCGUCAAUCGGGCCCAGCUCGCGCGAGCCCGGUCCCCCGUCGUCGCCGCCGCCGCCGCCGCCUAACGGACGAGCCGAUGGGCCCCGCGACAUCCAGAUCUCUUCCUUAUCGAUCGCGGCCGCGAUGACGACUUCCUCCACGAGCAGCUGGCUAGCCGCGUACCUCCGCCGGAGUGUGACGAGGCCCGGGACGAUCGGCGGAUCGGCGAGACGGGCCCCGUGGGCCGGGUGGACCGCGAUCUUAUCGCGUCGCGGCGAUCGAGCCGAAGGACGCGCCGACGAUCGGCCGGCGAUCGCCGGAUCGGGCCCCGCCGCCGGGCUGGCUUAAUGCGCCGGGAUUAAACCGCGAGAGGAGACGCGAAGGCGAAGAGGAUAUCGGCCAGCGAUCGCCGCGGCGGAUAAACAGCGCCGAUAUAUCGCCGGGCGAAAGAGACGCUCCGCGCCGGGUGGACCGGCUCUGAUGCGCCGUGAAAGUCGCGCGCGCGGCCCCAGGAGACACAGGAGGAGAGACAGGGGACGGAACGCCGGACGGGCCCGCGGACCGGGCCCCGCGGAUGACACGGCCGUACCGCCGAGAGGAGGAUGUCGAGCCUAGCGAGGAGACGGAAGACCUCGUUGCUGGGGUCGAAACGGUGGUGGCAGGGCGGCUGUUGGGCCACCAGGAGCCACCAGGAGGCCUAUCUGCGGAAGCUCUACGCGAGAAAGCCGGACCCCGGCAAGCCCGCCGAGGAGGACACCGCCGGCCGCAAGGAGAACAACGACAACGGCAACUGGGCCCCAGGGGCCGUCUACGAGCUGCCCACCGCCGACGAGCACUAUCUGGACGCGUUCCUCAGGAGCCGCGAGGACGAGCACGUGCCGGAGGACGUGAUCGGCUGCCCAGCCUUGGCCACCGCCCGGGCUAGUCCCACGGAGAAGUGCGUCGAGUUCCUGAACGGCGCCCACGACGCCGCAGCCGCGGCCUUCGAGCACGAGCGAGCCGGCCUCGCGGAGCCGGAAUGCAACCGCGCCGCCGAGUGCGGCUCCCUGCAUUCGGGUUACGAUGUCGCGGCCGCCACCGGCACUGCAGCCGCCUCCUCAGAGAAAGUGUGCAGAAGCUGCAGGUGUCCCAGGGAGGAACAUCAGCGGACUUCGACGGAGGCGGGCGGUCCCUCGGGACUGGGCCUCGGUCCCGGCCCGCCGAUGGCCAUGGCGAUGGCUUUCCAGAGCGGGGCCGCCGGUUCUUCUCACCAGGAACCCUUCAAGAGCCCCGUGCAACCGGCCCCGCCGGGUCUCGCCCUCCAGGAGGCACUGAUGCAUCAUCAGAGGCACUCGCAGAGCGACGAUGACAGCGGAUGCGCGCUCGAGGAGUACACGUGGGUGCCGCCUGGUCUCAGGCCCGACCAGGUACACCUGUACUUCAGCGCGCUACCGGAAGACAAGAUCCCGUACGCGGGUAGUGCCGGCGAGCGGGAGCGGGUGAAGCAGCUGCUGCAGCAGCUACCGCCGCACGACAACGAGGCCCGAUACUGCAGCGGCCUGACCGAGGAAGAGAAGCGGGAGCUGAGGGUGUUCGCGGGCCAGCGGAAACGCGAGGCGCUGGGCCGGGGCCACGCGAGCCAGCUCGAGAGGCCUCACGGGGCCGGAUGCCGGGAGUGCAGCAGGCCCAUCGCCGCCGGUGAGAUGGCGGUAGCCGCGAGCCGGGCCGGGCCCUCGGCCCUCUGGCAUCCGGCCUGCUUCGUCUGCUGCGUCUGCAGGCAGCUGCUCGUCGACCUGAUAUACUUCUGGCGGGACGGCAGGCUCUACUGCGGCCGGCACCAUGCCGAAACAUUGAAGCCUAGGUGCUGCGCCUGCGACGAGAUCAUUCUCGCCGACGAGUGCACCGAGGCCGAGGGCCGCGCAUGGCACAUGAGGCACUUCGCGUGUCUCGAGUGCGAUCGACAGCUGGGGGGCCAGAGGUACGUGAUGAGGGAAGGACGGCCGUACUGUCUGCGAUGCUUCGACGCCUCGUUCGCCGAGUACUGCGACAGCUGCGGCGAACCGAUCGGCGUCGAUCAGGGGCAAAUGUCGCACGAGGGUCAGCACUGGCACGCGACCGAGGCCUGCUUCUGCUGCGCCACUUGCCGUACCUCCCUUCUCGGACGACCAUUCCUGCCACGAAGAGGUGCCAUUUAUUGCAGCAUAGCGUGCAGCAAGGGAGAACCGCCGACGACACCGAGCGACUCGUCCGCUGGCGCGCCACCGCCACCAUCUUUCCUCAGGACCGGUCGAAGACAGCCGCCAGCCAGCGAGGGUUCCUCGAGUCCGCCGCCGCCGCCGCCACCGCCCCCGCCCCCAGGAUCCAGGCACACCCUUGGAUCGCCGCGCAACUCGCCCCGAAUGACCAGGAAACAUCAUCAAACCUCCGCUUCGUUGGCGACGACACCGACGCAGAGCACCCUCAGCCCGGAAUUCACGGUCGACGGGUUCCCUUCGAGCGGCUCGAGGACAGGUGGCCUUGACCGGGUGCUGCUCGAGAGGAAUCUCGAGAGACUGCUCCAGGAGCGUAGUUCUCAUCCGGAGGAAAAUCGCAGCGAAUUGGGAAGGCUAAUGCAAGCAAGAGAUCGAGAACCGCUAAGAUGCGUCCAAAACUGCGCCCCGUCGCACGCGUCGAGCAUGCCGGAGCUUCCGCCGCCCCCGCGACCGUCCUCGAGAGGGUCGGCGUCAGCGUCGUCGACAUCGACCGGCGCGGUCGCCGGCGCCUCGGUCUCGGCAACCGCUCUCACCCAAGAACCGGCGACGUCGCCGACGAACCUGAUCGUCGGCCAGACGACGGACCCCCCGACGCCGACGUCGCGACGCGUCCGGUUCCAAGGUGAUCUGGACGUGAACGAUCACGCGGCUGCGUCCUCCUCGCGCGUCACACUCUCGCCCUCCAACGAGAGGAAUUCGUCGUCCUCGCCGUCCCCGUCGCCGGCGUCCUUGUCAAGGACGAAUGUGUCCCGAUCGAGAAGCUUGCAGCCGGAGGAAGUCGCCGGCUCGUCGACCUGGAGCGUGGCAGGAGGAUCGAGAUCGAGGAUCGAUGGCGAGGAUGACGACGUGGAGAGCUGCUGCUCGACUUGCAGUUCUUCCAGCAGCUCGGACGAGGCGCAAGCGUACGCGCUUCCGCCGAGAAGAGCUUACGGCGGCGUCAGGAUCUCGUACGUGCCGAACGACGCCGUGGCUUGCGCGAGGAAACGGGGGCCAACAUCGUCGCCGUCUUCGAACCAAGCACAAAAGGACACUGAAAAGUGCGUCGUGUCUUGAUGACGUCUCCGGGAACCUAAGACUACCGUUUUUCUACUGUACGUGCCACUGACGAAAGCGCUUUUACAGCGACGGAACAGGUGUCCGUGCAUAACUGUCUCUUGCCACGGAUCGCCUGUGCUCCUUCCAGCAUACUAAUUCCGUGUAGAGAAACCAGCCCGAGCUUUUACGAGAAAGUUCGAAACACUCGACGAAAGGUUUAACAUCGUUUCGAUGCACUUGGACGGACUUUGAUAACUCGAUCUUGGAUAUCGAUCGCUUGUUUUCGACGAUAGUUCGGUCGUUCGUGUUUUCUGAAAUCGGAACGCAUAUUUUGGUACGACUUAGUAUAUAGUGGCCGAGGGGUCGAGACCAAUCCAGUGACCUGUAAUAUCGCUCGCGUGAUCAUAAAUUCAUUUUAGGAAAUAUCAACGACCUAGAACAGUUACCUUUUCUAUCUUAACACUAUGCCGUCCGCAGAUCUUAGAUAUGAUUCUUUCGUUUGACGCCGGUGUAAUAGCUUGGAAAUUUUA